AUGAAUUUAGAUAAAGAAGAAGAAAUAUUAUACAAAAAAGUAUCAACCUCAUCAAAUAAUAGUAAAGGAUUUAUAAAGACAAAUUUAAAGAAAAUAAAAGAUACAACAUCAAGUAAUACAAUGGUUCAUCAAAUAGAUGGAAAAGGUAAUGUGACAACAAUUUUUGUUCCAAAAAGAUUCUCCAGAAAAAGCACCACAGGAAGUGAGGGUGAAGAUGAUUAUCAUAAAAAUAAAUCAUUAACUAUUUUUGAAAAAAUUUUUCUAUCAAAAAUUGUUUUAAGGUUAAUCAAUUACCUACCAAAACCUUCAACAUUAAUAUUAUUUUUAAUAUUAUGUACAGUAGUUACAUUUAAUUCAUACAAAAUUAUGGAAUUAAAUAAUCGUAUACUAAUAUUGGAGGAGUAUUUAAAUAAUAAUAAUGAAAAAAAUAAUCAGAAAGAAAUACCUAAUAAUUUUGAAGUGGAUGAUCUUGAUGAUAUUGUAAAGAAUAGUACUCGAAGACUUGUCAGAAGUCAUAGAUCAUAUAAUUCUUUGAUUCAUAAUCAAAAAAAUUAUGAUAAUAAUAAAAAUAAAUGCGUCUGUCCACCAGGACCAAAAGGUGAACCAGGUGAACCAUGGUGGUCAAAAUCUUCAGAAAGUCAAAAACAUAUGCGUAAUUUUAUUUCCCAAAUAUGGAAUCCCAAAAUUGUUGGUAAAGAUGAUAGAGUAAUUUCUCUUGAUAGACAACUAAGAAGGGAUUUACGUACAAUGGGCUUUUUGUAUUCACCUGAUGGUAGUCGUAUUCAAGUUCGUGGUAUUCCUGGUCCUCCAGGACCACCUGGACCAAAAGGUUUAAGAGGUUAUCCAGGAUUUCCAGGACCAAUUGGAUUUGAUGGACCAAGAGGAUUUCCAGGAGCACCAGGAAUGAAAGGUGAUCCUGGUGAAAGAGGACCUGCUGGACCUCCUGGAUUAGCUGGUCCACCAGGUUUACCAGGAACAUUUGGUGAUAUUAGAGAAGCUAUGUCAAUAAUUGGAAAAGAAUCAUCUUAUAAAAUUGAUAAAACAAAUUUGAAUCAUCAACCACCAAUUUAUGUAACUGGACCACCAGGUCCACCAGGACCACCGGGACCUCCUGGUAUUCAGGGACCAACAGGAAAAAUUGGACCUCAAGGUCCAAAAGGAGAUAGAGGAUUACCAGGAUUUGAUGGUGAAUCACGAAUAGGACCAAAAGGUGAACAAGGAAUACCAGGUAAACCUGGCUUACCAGGCCUUCAAGGAGAAAGAGGUUUACAAGGAUUAAAGGGUGAUGAUGGAAAACAAGGACUUAAAGGAGAACCAGGUUCUCCUGGACCAAAGGGUGCACAGGGCCAUAGAGGACCACCAGGAUUUACAAGACAUAUGUCAAAAUCAGAUUCACAAUAUGUUUCUCUUCCUGGACCACCUGGACCACCAGGUCCUAAAGGUGAUAAGGGUGAUAGAGGGGAAGAUGGUAUAAGAGGUUCAGAUGGAGCAGAUGGUAUUCCUGGAAAAACAGGACCUCAAGGAAUACCUGGAUUACGUGGUGAAAAGGGUUCAAAAGGCGAUCGUGGUAUUAAAGGUGAUAACGGAAUUCAAGGUCCACCAGGUCCAUCUUCUAUUACAAGAAAUGAUGUUGGUAGUAGAUCACAAACAGUUAUCCAGGGACCACCAGGACCUCCAGGUAGAGAUGGAAGAGAUGGUGAAAAAGGAGAAAAGGGUGAUAACGGUAGUAAAGGACUUCCAGGAAUACCAGGUCAACAAGGACCUGAAGGUCCACCAGGUAAAAAAGGAAAACGAGGUAAACCUGGUUCAAUUUUGGAACAUAUGAAUGAAAUUGUUUCAAAAGUUAUACCUUUAAUUGAGAAGCAACUAAAUAUUACAUUGCUUCAUCAUGUAAAACAUGUUGUUAAAGAUAUCAAAACUGGACCUAUCGGACCACCUGGAAAGCAAGGAGAUCAAGGUUUACCUGGUCUUCCUGGACCUAGAGGACCACAAGGAUUACCAGGACAUGUUGGAGAAAAAGGUGAAAGAGGUAGUAUUGGAGCACCAGGUUUACCUGGUUCUCCUGGUGAAAGUUUAUCAUAUAUUGGAAGAGAAAGUAAAACUAUUAUUGAAGGACCUCCUGGUCCUCCUGGACCACAAGGUUUGCCUGGACCAAAAGGUGAUAUAGGAUCACCUGGAUCAUUAGGUUUACCAGGUCCACCAGGUCCAAUGGGUUUAAGAGGUCCUCCAGGAGCAAAUGGAGUUGAAGGAAAACAGGGAAAAAUUGGACCACCAGGACCAAAAGGAGAUUUAGGACCACGUGGUAAUCCAGGACCAGCAGGUGCACCAGGAAAUCCAGGAGAAAGAGGUCCACGUGGUAAACCAGGUGAACAAGGAGAAAAAGGUGAACAAGGAAUUCCAGGACUUGAUGCUCCAUGUCCUACUGGACCAGAUGGAUUACCAAUGCCAUAUUGUAGUUGGAAACCUAGUGAUUUUGAUGAGAAUGGGAAUGUCGUUUCAAGAAUUAAUCAUAAUAAAGAUUACAAAACAGCAGUCAUUUUGGUUGAUGAUGAUUCUGAUACUUCAAGUAAUGUGGAUUAUAAGAAACACUAA